GGCGGCAGCGUCCUGGGUCCGCUCCGCCGCCUUCGCUGCGCGACUCCUCCCGCCGGCCCCGCCAUGGUCUCGGCUCCGCGCUGCCCGCCGGGCGCCCGGGGGCUCCUGGCGCUGCUGCUGCUGCUGCUGCUGCCCCUGCCCGGGGCUCGCGGCAUUUGUGAUUCUCCUCCAAGAUUGAGUUUUGCUGAGCUGCCUGGGGUGGUGAACGAUUCCUAUCCUGUUGGAACCAAACUGAAAUACUCCUGUCGCUCAGGAUACAUAUUGGGCUCUGGAAAGUCUCCUUAUGUUACAUGUCUUGCAAAUUCAACAUGGUCAGUAGACCCGGAGUUUUGUGUAGGAAGACCAUGUAAAUCACUAGAACUAGAAAAUGGCAGAGUUGAUUUAACCGAUCUCCAGUUUGGUGCAACAGCAAACUUCUCCUGUAAUGAAGGGUAUAGAUUAAUUGGAACGACUUCUGCCAAAUGUGACCUUUCAGAAAAUGGAGUUGAUUGGGAUAAGCAUGUUCCACUUUGCGAAGCAAUACCUUGUCUUCCACCUCCUGAUAUCACCCAUGGAUCCCAUACUGGUCAGAGUGAACAAGAGUUUUCCUUUGGCUCAGCGGUAACUUACAAAUGUGACCAGGGCUUCUCUCUUAUUGGAGAGGCCUCCAUUCAUUGUACAAUGAAAGAUAAUGUCAAUGGAGAGUGGAGUGGGCCUGCCCCUGAAUGCAAAGUGGUCAAGUGUCCAGAGCCAGAAGUCAAAAAUGGAAAAAAGCAAUCUGGGUUUGGAUCUGAGUAUUCAUAUGGAAACACCGUAAUAUUUGAAUGUGAUUCUGGCUAUGCUCUGAAGGGUAGCAGUUCAGUUAAAUGUGAAGCUAAUAAUUCAUGGGUUCCAUCUUUGCCCACCUGUCUGCGCAUAACACAUACUACACCUGCAACUUCCCCUCCAGGAGGAACAAAAGAUACUUUUGGGCCGAACACUGGUACCAUGAUUGCUAUUGGUUUAUAUGAUAUGGAAAUGGGAAUUAAGGAUCUUAUCCCUAGAAGCUGCACUUCUGUAGGUCUGUUUUGGAUAAGGGUACUACUGCAAACUGAAUGUGUACGUCUGGUGUCCACCAGAAAUGGGAAUGGAAAAAGCAACGGAGAAGAAACACGACAUUGGGAGUUGACAGUCCCAUAUGAUGCAAAUCAGUACUUCAGUGAUCUACAGGAACGUGGGAAAAAACCUAACUUGGAUCUUGAAAGGGGUUUUACAGAAAAUAUUUACUUCAAUGUGAAAAGAUGGAAAGAUGCCUAUCAUUCUGGCAGUGCUGAUUACUAA